AUGGCAGAGAUGCAACAGCGGAGCGCGGUACCUGUCCCUGAUUAUACUAGCCUCUCUCCGGCCCAGCAAAUACCAGGAGUUAACUUGGAUCACCUUGUUGGGAUGGACCCGUCCCCUUACAUGUCCCCUCUUGACCUCUACGACUCCAUUUGGUGGGAAUCUCCCGAGGCGUGGAACGGCGGCUUCGACGCCAUGAACUUUGAUUUCAUGACCCAGCCGGCUCCGCCGCAAGGGCAACAACAACAACAACAACAACAGCAGCAGCAGCAGCAGCCGCCGCCGCAAUCAGGAUUUUACUUUUGA